CACAAGCUGAUGCAAGUUGAAUGAGGGAGCUGUCAGCUGUGAGGAAACCUACACGCCAGUGAAGACAAUGACAGACUGUCAGGGAGAAGGAGCCAAGAGUCCAGUGGAGCUUUAUGAGAAACUGACAGCACAAGGAGACACAGUCAGAGCCUUGAAAACAGCUAAAGCUGAGAAGGCUGAAGUUGAGGCUGCUGUCAAGUUGCUGCUAAAGCUGAAAGUAGACUACAAACAGAUGACGGGUCAGGAUUACAAAGCAGGCUGUCCACCCUCAGAAAACUCUGUGGCCCCUGACAACGGGCCUGCAGAAGACGGCGCUGACGAUGAAGACACAGUCGACCCAUGGAACGUUUCCACCACCAACGCCAAGGGAGUGGAUUACGACAAACUCAUAGUGAGGUUCGGAAGCAGUAAAAUCGACCAGGAGCUGGUGGAUAGAAUAGAAAAAGUCUCUGGUCAGAGGCCACACCACUUUCUAAGAAGAGGAAUCUUCUUCUCACACAGAGACAUGCAUCAGGUACUGGAUGCAUAUGAGAAGCAGAAGUCGUUUUACCUCUACACUGGAAGAGGUCCGUCCUCAGAGGCCAUGCAUGUCGGCCACCUCAUCCCUUUCAUCUUCACCAAAUGGUUACAGGAUGUUUUUGACAUCCCUCUGGUGAUCCAGCUGACUGAUGAUGAGAAGUAUCUGUGGAAGGAUCUCACACUGGAAGAGUGCCAUCGCUUUGCUGUAGAAAACACCAAAGACAUCAUCGCAUGUGGCUUUGAUGUCAACAAGACGUUUAUCUUCUCUGACCUUGACUAUAUGGGUGCCUGUCCUGAAUUCUACAGGAAUGUUGUGAAAGUUCAGAAGCAUGUGACAUUCAACCAGGUCAAAGGCAUUUUUGGCUUUACAGACAGUGACUGCAUUGGAAAGAUCAGCUUCCCUGCAAUCCAGGCCGCCCCUUCCUUCAGUAAUUCUUUCCCACACGUCUUUGGAAGCAGAAAAGAUAUACAGUGUCUCAUCCCCUGUGCCAUUGACCAGGACCCCUACUUCAGAAUGACCCGAGAUGUUGCUCCAAGAAUCGGCUAUCCCAAACCUGCACUGCUACACUCCACCUUCUUCCCAGCCCUGCAGGGAGCACAGACAAAGAUGAGCGCCAGUGAUGCCAACUCGUCCAUUUUCCUCACUGACACACCAAAACAAAUCAAAAAUAAGAUCAACAAACAUGCAUUUUCGGGAGGAAAAGACACCGUGGAAGAACACAGGAAGUAUGGAGGAAACCCAGACGUUGAUGUUUCUUUCAUGUACUUGACCUUCUUCCUAGAUGAUGAUGAACAGCUGGCAAAGAUAAAAGAGGACUAUGCAAGUGGAGCUCUCCUAACUGGUGAACUGAAGAAGAUUUUGAUCGAAACUCUGCAGCCAAUGAUUGCGCAGCACCAAGAGCGACGCAAACAAGUCACCGAUGAAAUGGUCCAGCAAUUUAUGACACCCAGGCCUUUAAAUUUUAACUUGUAGCUUAACUGAGCUGCUAACAUGUCAAGGUUAAUUAAGUCACUAAUCUCAGUACAAGAAGAAAUAAAUGAUCAAAUUCAAAAAUCUGUCAUUUGCAUCAGGAAAAGGGACAUUUUGCAUCAGGACUGGAGACAAAUUUAAUGUAUAGAAUGGUGAUAAACUUGUCUGUGUUGAACUAAGCAUUGCAUUGCCCACACGUCAUGCCAAUUGUCAGUCUACUUCUUAGCAUCAUGUUGCACCAAAUGUACAUGUUUAUCUCCAUAAACAGUUUGUGUUUGCAGCACUGCUGCAACGUCAUGCUGGUCAGCCUGAGAUCACAUCAAGAUGAAUGACAAAGCUGAGUACAAAUGUGUAUUGUUGCCAGAUAUGCUUAAUAACCAACAACACCACAGCCACGUUUGUGAGAAUGUUCAUUAAAAAGUCUUAAUUUUACCUGAAUAAAAGAACUGGAUAUCAAUCUUA